CUACCAAAGCUAUAUUCAUGUAGCUACAUAUUCUAUCUCAACAGGCUCCGAAUGAACUUUUUUUCCUUCUUAGUUAAUGUUUCUCUUACAUAGGUACGAAUACCGCCACAACCACUCGCUGAAGGUGGACCCAUUUGAUCUGGCCAAGCCCUGGCCCUCUUACCUCUUCUUUACAAUAUCCCUUUCUGCCAACCCCCUUGCAAUGCCAAUUGUCAGUACAGUUUUGAUUUCCUCCCGAAGCCACAGCACGGCAUAUUUGUGCUUACAAGCUAUGAUAUCUGCUCCUGCGAGCUACACAUCGUGCUAAUGGCAGUCAAAACGAAGGAUCU